AUUUAUUAAAAUUAAUUUUUAUAUAUAUAUAUUAUGUUAAUAUUUGAAUGUUAUAUUUUCUUUAUUAUGGACAGAAAAGAAAUAUGUAUCAUUGCCCCUAAGUUUGAUUCAUUUGGGGAAAAUAAUACUAACAAUUAUAUAACUGAUAUUAUUAAACACAAUCAAUUAACUCAAAUUUAUAAGGGCCCCAUUGUAAAAGGUUGUUAUCAUGGCCAAGGGUUAAUGAUAUGGAUAGAAGAUAAUAAAAAACAAACCUAUGAAGGAUAUUUUUAUUUAAAUCAAAUACAUGGCUAUGGUCGUAUGGUUUAUGAAAAUGGAUUAAUAUUUGAGGGAUUGUUUAAAGAUAACCAAUGUUUUGGACCCGGUGUAAUGACACAUCCUAAUCAGUGUCAAGAAGUAGGCUUUUGGGUAGGGAGUCAUCUUUUAAGGCUUUCUUCUAAUUUAACAACAAAUACAGUACCAACAUUCAAUGUACCAGACAAUACUAGCAAAAUAAAACUACUCCAAUUCAGAGAUCUCAUUGAUAUUACUCAAGCGCCUCAUUCAAUUAUAAAUGUACGAGAUAACAAUGAAAAAUACCUAAAUAUUAAUCACUCAUACUUACAUACAAGACAUUUAAACAGUUUAUACUUUGAUGUGCAAUCAUAUGAUUCUGAAUUUAUAUCAAAAUCAUUAGAACUAAAUACUACUAUUAAUAUGGAUAAUGAAAACCGUUUUAUAUGUGGCUAUAAUCUGAACAAUUUAGUAUUAAAAAACUAUUUAAAAAUACCAAAAAAAACUACCCAAUCCAAGAAAAAGUGUUUGUUCAACUUUGGUAUUGUAAUUGACAAACAAUUUGAUCGUCUUCAUAAAGACUUGUGGACCAUACAAAUUGAACAAGAUAAUGAUAAUGUUAAGGCAACAAAUUCUGAAAUAGAAUUUGAAAAUGAAAAAUGUGAUGACAUAUUUACGUUUUUUGUUUCUUCAAAAGUUUUAGCAUACAAUAAUAACACUUUAGAUAAGAUGAUAUUAGCACAUGCUUAUCAACAGAAAUUUAGUGAAAAGACCUUGCUUUACAAUGUAAACAACAUUUGGAGUGGAAAACGGAGUAUGUUCAUGUCCACCCACCACCAAGAGUUAGCAGCAGUCCAAAUGUUGACUAAAUUUAAUUUGACUCCAGCAAAUAUUCUCGAUUUAGUUAAAAAUUAUGACAUUGACUUGGACGUAUCUGAUUCUAAAGGAAAUACUCGUUUAAUGAUUUCUUCUGCCAAUGAUCAACAUGAAAUAAUUAAAUUUUUGAUAAAUCUUGGAGCUAACUUAGAAUGCUAUAAUGACGAUGGAUUUACUCCAUUAAAUCUAACUCUUAUGAGAUACAUAUGUUUAUUAAAUGACAUAAAAAAUUGGACUGAGUAUUUAAUUCCUAAUAUUAGAUUAAAGUUUAAAAUUAGAAAUGGAGAUCAAAAUAUUCUUAUAGAAAAUGUACAGAAAAUCAAUUUCUUUCAACCAGAAAAUCUACCAAAUAUGAUGUUUAUAGAAAAUUACGAUGAAAUUGAAGAAUCAAGUUCAACAUCAAAAUACUUACCAUUAAAAACAAAGAAAACCAAAUUAAAUUUAAUCGAAGACACAAUUAUGCUCUUAAUUAAUAUGGGUGCUAAAGCUUCAACUUGUUUUACACCAAAAAAAACCAUUCACUUGGCCUUAUUGAGCAUUAAUCCAACAGUUUUAAAUGCUGUUUUUAAUUCUGGUGGAUCUCCACUUUAUGUUUUAUCUUAUAAGGAAUAUAAACUGAAUUUGUUACACAUGGCGGUUAUAAUGCACAUUAAUUGCAAUGUUGUCAAAUGUGUUGAAGUUUUAAUCAUGCAUCACGUUGACCCAAAUUCAAAAGCAAUUCCUAUGUUAAGUUUAUUACGAUAUGAAUUACCAUGGAAAAACAUUGCAACCGAUGAGGCUUCCAUGACACCUUUGGAUAUUCUCUGCUUAAAAAAAAAUAAUUUUGAAAUCAAUGAAAAUUCAAUAGAAUAUGAAAAAUUUGAAAAUGAACUAGCCUCCAUACUUUACUCUGUUACCAAGAAAAGUCACUCUUUUUGUGGUUUUAAUCCGAUAGCUUUGGCUAUGUUAACGGGAAAGUUAAAUUUAACAAAAAUAUUUUUGGGUAAAAAUCGAAGAAAUGUAAACAAAACUAUUUCUGGUUUUGGAACUUUACUAUCAUUGUUAUUAAACCCAAAUUAUAAUUUUAAUUUGUCGUAUAAAAAAAUUAUUGAAUUUUUGGAUUUAUUGCUGGAAGCAAAUUCAAAUACUCUAAAAAGUUUUGAGGUCUACAAUGAAGAAUUCAAAGGCAAUAUUUAUGAAUACUGUUUUAUGUUAAAAGAAUCAAAAAAAUUGAAUCAACAUUUAACUAAUUUCUAUGAAAUAGUGAAAAAAUUGGAAAAUUUUGGUAGAAAAAUGUUGAAUUCAAUUUAUGCAAAAAGAGCUAAAGAUGCACUAAUAAAUAGUUAUAGAAAAAAUAAAUCGUUUACGUUUAAUAAAACUGUCAUGUUACUUUGGAUGAAUUUUGGGUUUGAGAUAGUUAAACAAGAAAUUAAAUCUGGAAUAAUUUUACGUAAAUCGCCAUUUAAUUUUAAAAUUACUGAGAAUAAUAAAUUUAGCGUGGAAGAAAAUAAGAAAAUCAAAGGAUAUUUAUUGUGCUUACAACAAAUUAAAAAUUCAAAAACUUACUGUCCAAUAAAUCUCACUCAAGAAGAAUGUCAAGUGUGUUAUGAGUGUUUAAAACAUUUUUUAAAAGACAUGGAAUCUUGUUCAAGUUGUUAUUUUGCUCUACUUUGUUCGAAAAAUUGUAAAAAACAGCAUAAAAAUCGUAACUGUAUAUUACAAAUGAAAAAAAAUCAAAUAAUAAAAAUGUUACCUUCUGGCUAUUUAUUUUCUUCUGAUGAAUUAAUUGAACAUAAAGAUGUGAAAAACAUUCAAAGCCUAUUUUUGUCUUCAAAAUCAUUGCACUCUUCAAAAAUGCAGUCGCCUUCAUUUAGAAAAAAAUUAAACUUCUCAAUUUUAGACUAUACAAAAGAUUACACUUUUCCGCUGCAAAAAGAGGUUUUUGGUAUAAAUCAUAAAAAAAAAUCCAUGAAAAAGAACUUUGAUGAUGGUUCUAAUUUAAACGAAAUUAAUAGUUCCUUUAACACAUAUAAUAGCAAUAUAGAUACCAAUGUUAGUAGCAAUUCUACUUAUAAAAAUGAAUUAGCUAAUUUAAAUAAGGAUUCAUUUUACAAUAAAAAUUAUUCUUACUUGGAUGACGGUAAAACCGAUGGUAAAUUAAUCAAGAAUAAACCCAUUAAUAAACUUAGAAUAUCAACGAGUUUUAUGAUAAAAUGGCCACACACUUCUCUAAAAAAUAACUCCGGAAUAAAGAAAAAAAAAUCACAAAACCAAAAACGAACUCUUAUAAUAAAUAAUCGAUUAAAAGAUCGAAUUGUGUCGAUUAAAUAUAAGGUGACAAGAACGGUAGGUUGUUCAAGACCAAUAUUUAUGUUCAUCAAUCGAGAUUCUAGAGAAAGUGCAACUAUAUUCAGAAAUGUAAGAAACAAUGAAUUUCCUUAUUUAAUAUUUAAAAAAUAUAGUCAAGUUCAAGUACAGCUUAAGAUCAAUGCAAACCAAUAAAGCAGGUUUAAUAACUACUUACUCCAGACUACUGUGUAGUAGGAAAACAUAUAACAACAUACCAACAUUUUUUAUAUUCAAUAUUAUAAAACAGAACUUCGUAAAGGAU